GGACGGCUUUCCAUAGAGGCGCGGGAGGUUCGAUAGACGGGCACGCGGCCCUCAGCCGCUCUAAGCGGAAGUUCCGGCUACCUCUCCCGUGGGGGAGGGGGGGAGGGGAAGGCCCUUCGGACAAUGGGACCAUAGAGCAGCCAGGGAGCGGGAGUGGUCCGGCCGAAGGGGGCCGCUCUAUGGGGCUGGGAGCCGCCAUGCUCUAUGAUGCGCGGCGGGGGCCGCAGCCGCAGAAGCGCCGAGGAGGCCCAGCAGCGGCGCAGCCAGUCGAGAUCCGGGGUGUCUGCUCUGCCGCCUCCAGAUCUCUCAUGGCGCUGAAGGCGGAGGCCCCCUUGACGGACUACACCGAGGUCGCUUCAGCCAUCUCACGCUUCAGGGAGAAGGAGAAGAUGGCUGUUGAUUCCCGGCUGCACCUCCGCCCCUCGGGGAGGCAGGGUGGAGCCCUUGUGAACCCCAUGGAGAAAGGACAGUACCCGUUUUCCGACUCGGACAGCCAGGAUGAGCUCGGUAUCUCCUGGAAGCAGGAAUACUUAGUAGCCGAGAAUCCGGACGACAGCCGGCUGGUGUGCAUGGUGUGCGGGGGCUUCUUGGCCACCUCCGGCCCCGCGGCGGCCCACCAGCACAUCCUGCAGCAACACGCCCACUCGCUGGACUUCACCCUAGAGGAGAAGCGCAACAUCCUGGAAGGCUGGAGCGAAGGGGCCGUGCUGCCUCCCGCCACCGAUUCACCGCCUCCCUCCGCAGGCGGCCCCGGCGAGAACAAGCAGCCUGCCGAGAUCGAAGUCCUCCUUGAUACGGAGGAAGUGCCCGUGAGCCGGAAGCGCGGGCCUGUCCACGUACGCCGCGCGGAGGGCUUGCACGUAGACGCCGAGCGGCGACUUUCCGUCCGACAGAGGCUACCCGCCAAGGAGUCGAGGGGCCAAGAGCCCAUGGAGGCCACAGGGAAAGAAUGGCUUUCAGAAUGCGGCCUUCCCAGUUCGGCUCCGGCUGAGAUCCGGAUUUUCACCGAUGGCUCCUUCCCCGCUGGAUUCACCCUGAAGCUGUACUGCCGUUCUCAGCCAGAACCAUCGCAAGGCCCCGGAGCGAAGGCAAACACCAGGAAAAAAAACGUGGAUCGCGACUGCUCCGUUUCCCUGUUGCGGCUUCACUCCAGGGACGCUGCCAGCCACCUCCACCCAAGCCAGGACACCCUCUCCCCCCGUUGCCCGCUGGGCAGCUCCGCCGACAGCCGCCCCAAAGACUGUGGGGCAGUUCGGGGAGCGGCCCGACGGGGGAGCCCGGCUGGCAAGGAGGCCUCCACCGCCCUGGAGAAAGGCUUCAACCCCAGGUGGCGGGCGCGGUUCCUGGUGGACUUCGACGACGCCACCGGCCACCUGGUGUGCAUGGUUUGCGAGUACCCCUUGCGACGCAUCUGCCUGGCCACCGUCAAGCAGCACAUCCUCCAGUGCCACGCCGAGACGCUCCAGAUGCCCCGCGAAGUCCGGCGUACCAUCCGCGAAGUCUGGGAGAACCGGUGCCAGCCCUCCGCCCAGGCCCCAAGGAAGUGAGGGGGGCUCUCCAAUCCCGCUUGACUCGGGGAGCCGCGAGAAAGGGUUAAAGGAGACCAAAUUUGGGUGGACCAGGCAGGCGCCCAGGGGGGGCGGAGCUUGAGAGAAGGAGGCUCCACCCCCUCCUCGGAAAGCUCCGCCCCGACACUCUUCACUCCUAAUCUCCUAUUGCUGGAGGAGAGAACAGAUUCUGAGCUAAUGCUGCCGCUGUUUUUUUCCAAGUCUUAAGUCUUAUUUUUUAUUAUAAUUAUUAUUUGUUUCUAUUUUCAACUUUGCUUUUCCGUCCUAAGCAAGAAGCAGCUCCGAUUUUCUCUCUGGCCCCAGGCUUUCUUUCUUCCUUCCUUUUUUUUUUUCCCUCCUUCUCACCGGCGAAAUUCCACACCGCGAGAGAAGGGAAAACGGAGAACAGGAGUCGCCGCUAAAUCCGCAAGUCGAGAUGGGAGAGUUUUGCCACCACCUUCCCCUUAUUUCAGGGUCGGUUCAUUAAAAAAA